AUGGACAAUAGUGGCAACCACACGGCGACCAAAAUCCUAGCGACUCCUCCGUCCAGAGAAAGCCUGUCUGCCAGGAGCAACAUGAUCAGCACGCCCCAGCCACUCGCCUUCUCCAUUGAGCGCAUCAUGGCGCGGACUCCAGAGCCCCGCUCCAUCCCCGUCCCGCAGCUCCUCCAUGGCUCCGUGGCCAAAGGCGACCCCAAGCAUCCGCUGCACCUCAACUCCUCCAUCCCCUGCAUGAUCCCCUUUGUCCCGGUGGCGUACGACACUCUGCCCAAAGCGGCGGUGGCUGGAGCGGAACCCAGGAAGGCUCACUUAGAUUCCUCUUCCUCGCCCACCUUUAGCUGCGGCGAUCUCUUGAACUGUGCCCUGAGCUUGAAAGGAGAUUUCCCCCGCGAUGCCCUGCCCUUGCAGCAGUACAAACUGGUAAGACCCCGAGUGGUCAAUCACUCCUCCUUCCACGCCAUGGGAGCCCUGUGCUAUUUCAACCGAGGCGACGGCCCCUGUCACCCGUCCUCCAGUGUCAACAUCCACCCGGUGGCUUCUUAUUUCCUCAGCUCUCCCUUGCACCCGCAGCCUAAGGCUUACCUGGCGGAGCGGAACAAGCUGGUGCUGCCGACCGUGGACAAGUACCCGGCGGGGGUGGCCUUCAAGGACUUAUCGCAGGCUCAGUUGCAGCAUUACAUGAAAGAAAGUGCUCAGAUCCUCUCGGAAAAAAUCGCCUAUAAGACCUCGGAGUUCAGCCGCGGCUCCCCGAGCAGCAAGCCCAAAGUUUUCACGUGUGAAGUUUGUGGAAAGGUAUUUAAUGCACAUUAUAACUUAACGCGCCAUAUGCCGGUGCACACGGGAGCCAGACCCUUUGUUUGCAAAGUUUGCGGGAAGGGCUUCAGACAGGCGAGCACGCUCUGCCGGCACAAGAUCAUCCACACCCAGGAAAAGCCACACAAGUGCAACCAGUGCGGCAAAGCUUUUAACCGGAGCUCGACCCUGAACACGCACACGCGAAUACACGCCGGCUAUAAACCAUUUGUCUGUGAAUUUUGUGGCAAAGGAUUUCACCAGAAAGGCAAUUACAAAAACCACAAGCUGACUCACAGCGGGGAGAAGCAGUUCAAGUGCAAUAUCUGCAACAAGGCUUUUCACCAGGUGUACAAUCUGACCUUCCACAUGCACACCCACAACGACAAGAAGCCCUUCACCUGCCCCACCUGCGGCAAAGGCUUCUGCAGGAACUUUGACCUCAAGAAACACGUCCGUAAGCUGCAUGACAGCGCCCUGGGACUGCCCCGGUCCCCCGCCGACCUGGGGGGGCCCGACCCGCGGCCUCCACCCGGGGCGCUGCUGCAGGGCCCGCCGCCGCUCCAGCCGUGA